GAGAGAGAGAGAGGGAGAAGGAAACAGGUCGGCUUUGCUUCGGCAGACUGUGAACCUGCACAGGAGGAAGCAGCACCUCUUCGGGCUGAGAUCUUUCCAAUUCAGCAACAUCUUUGGAGAGAGGAGGACGUCUUCGCGAAAACUUGCAUUUUCGAGGACGUGACUGAAAGCUUGUGCGAUCGUCUGCGGAAGUGUGAGCCGUGGUCUAUGGGGGUCAGGGCCUGUACGAUGACGGACACCACCGCCUGAGCUUCUCUGUGACACCCUACGACGGGGGAGGAUGGGUGAUGGGCCCGUGAACUUCAGCGGACUCUCUCCUCUUCAUCCCAUCCUCUCAUGGAGCGUCCUGUCACACCGAGCCCCUCCUGGAACACUUCUCUCUUGCCAUUUCCAGCCUCACUGCAGCCAAACUUCUCGAACGUUACCCUACCAUUUCCAAUAAUCCGAGGUGGGAUAGAUGUGAACCAGUCGUUGGCGCUGUGUGCUAUGCUUGUCAUGGACAUGCUGGCAGUGGUGGGGAACUUGGCUGUGAUGGUUGUCAUCACCAAAACACCGCAGCUGCGCAAGUUUGCCUUUGUUUUCCACCUCUGUCUGGUGGAUCUGGUGGCGGCACUGGUGCUGAUGCCUCUGGGGAUGCUGUCAGACCGAAUCCUGGUAGACGAGGGGCUCUGUCGGAGCUACCUCUGCCUGAGUGUAUGUCUAGUGAGUGCUGCCAUCCUCACCAUUUGUGCCAUCAACGUGGAGCGCUACUACUACAUUGUCCACCCAAUGCGUCACGAAGUGAAGAUGACAGUCGGGGUGGUGGUGAUGGUACUAGUGGGAAUCUGGAUUAAAGCUGUUGUUAUGUCAGUGCUGCCUCUGAUGGGGUGGCUGCUCCAGGGGACCCAGAGUCCUUUGGUCCUGGUUCCCGGUCAGAGACACUGUUCCCUCCAUUGGACAGGAGGCAGGACCACACGCCUGCUUUUCAUGAUCUUCUUUACGCUAAUCUAUUUUCUGUGCCCCAUGCUGAUCAUUCUGGUGGUCUACUGCAACAUGUUCAAGGUGGCCCGAGUAGCAGCCAUGCAGCACGGCCCCCUCCCCACCUGGAUGGACACGCCACGGCAGCGGUCCGAGUCUGUCAGCAGCCAUUCCACCAUGGCAGCCAGCCUCGGAGGAACUGGCGCCCGCACCACCCCUCAAAGGACCUUCAGCGGUGGGAAGGCCGCCAUGGUUCUGGUGGCAGUGGGAGGCCAGUUCUUCUGCUGCUGGCUGCCAUAUUUCUCCUUCCAUCUGUACUCGGCUGUGGUGUCUACCUCCCCUUCCUCGCUGGCCCAGCUGGAGGACGUGGUUACAUGGAUUGGCUAUUUCUGCUUCACAUCCAACCCCUUUUUCUACGGCUGCCUGAACCGGCAGAUUCGCGAGGAGCUGGGCCGCCACCUGGCUUGCCUCUUCAAGCGGGCCGGGUCCGGUGAGGGAGAGCAGCUGCCCAGCCGCGAGGCCUCUAUUGAGGAGAACUUUUUGCAGUUCCUUCAGGGCACUGGGUGCAAUCUGGAGCCCUGCAACUCUCACAGCAGAGCCAGCCCUGAGGAUCCAGAGACUGAGGGCCUUCAGGAAUCAGCUGUUCAGCAGAACAUGCCAGCUGACUUCCACAUCCCAGGGCAGAUCCUGGAGGAAACCUCAGAGUUCAUGCAGCAGCAGCAGCUGAACAAUGAGCUCCAUGUAUCAGAGAACUGCUGCAAAACUGUACCAGAGCUGUAGCUGCCUCAUGUACUGUCUCUUUUGCUGUCUAAUAAUCCAAUAAAUAUACUUAGUUUUAUUCA